AUGAAACACCGAGGACGAGGAAGCGGGCCGGAUGGGAUUGUCUAUCCCGGCUCUAGUGGAAUUAAAGUCAUCGUCAUAGGACUUGGAUAUGCAGGUGUGACUGCUGCCAUCGAGUGUCAUAGGAAAGGUCACCAAGUGAUAAUUUACGAACAAAACCCGGACAUCUCAACACUAGGUGAUAUGAUCGGGCUGUCACCGAACUCUGCCAGAAUCAUCGCCAAAUGGAACAGGGGAAAAGUCCACGAGCAGAUCAUCCCGCACGCUGGUCAAUACGUUAGAAACAACAUACACAAGCAUGACACCGGUGAGAUUCUGUUCAGCCAGCCCAUGUCCGGCUACUCGAGCUUCGAAGGAUAUCUAGCUCCCCGGCCAUUGCUGAUGAAGCUAUUUGCGGACCACUGUCGACAGCUACAGAUACCAAUCUUCUUUGGCCAGAGAGUGUCCAAGGUCCUGGAGGAUGAAAACCACGCAGCCAUCGUUCUCGAGGGAAGCAACAAGCGCGUCGUGGCAGACUGUGUGCUGGCCUGUGACGGCAUCCACUCUAAAGCCCGUGGCACGAUCACCGGCCUGCAGGACCGUGCAUAUCCUACCGGCUACGCCGCCUAUCGCGCGUGGUAUAAUGCCGAGCUGAUAUGCGACAACCCCAAGCUGCAGUCCCUAUUCGAGGGCGACUACGACAAGAUGGAAGUCUACAUCGGGCCCAACAUGCACGCCAUCUUCGGGACCUGCUCUCAACAGAAGCUUGUCAUGUGGACCAUCACGCACAAAGAUACCUUCGACGUCACGGAGUCCUGGACGCAGCCGGGUAAGAUUGAGGACGCCUUGGCGUAUAUCAAAGGCUGGGACUCGCGGAUCCACGAAGUCAUCAAGCACACGCCCCCAAACCAGAUCUUUGACCACAAGUUGGCCUGGAGAGACCCCCUGCCACGGUGGACAUCAAAGCAUAAUCGCCUGAUCGUGCUGGGGGAUGCAGCCCACCCUUUCCUACCAACGUCAGGUCAAGGCGCCGGCCAAGCCAUCGAAGACUGCGCGACGAUCGCCAUCUGUCUCGAAUUGGCAGGAGAAAAGAACGUGCCACUGGCGUUACAAGUCUGCGAGAAACUCCGGCACGCCCGGGCGUCGCUGGCUCAGAAAAUGGGCGUCGAGACGCGCGAUAUGUGGCACAAGACCGACUGGGACGCGGUCACGUCGCAGCCGGAGACGGUGUCGAUGCCGAACCCGGCCUGGCUCUUUGCGCACGACCCGCAACGGUACGCGUACGAUGAAUUCGACGUGGCCGCUCACGCAGUGCGGACCGGGUCGGUGUACGUGCCCACGAAUGUGCCCCCGCCGGAGGUGGACCACCGUGUCAGCGACUUCAAGGACGGGCAGUACUCCGGUGGAACUGUUAUGAGACAGGCAAAGAUCUAA